UCAAUUUUUGAGAUUCUCAAAUCUCAUCUCAAAUAUAGCAGCUAGCAAUUUUUUUUGGCAAAUUUGUUAUUUCUCUGCACGACGCCGUUUCGUAUCUCUCUCCCUCAAUCCCAUCUUUCGUUGCAUUCUAUCUGUCCCUUUCGUUGCCCUGUCGUCUCUCUCUCCCUCUCAUCUGCAACGACCGGCGAUUAUCGACGGCGACCGGCGCUUAAAGGCGACGAACACCGACCGGUUAAAUUCUCUCUUCUCAGAUCUGUAUUUUCUCUUCCCCUCUCAUCCUCAUAUAUAUAUAUAUAUCUAUCUCUCUCUUCUCAGAUCGGUAAUUUUGCUGAAAAAACUCAAAUAUGUAAUUAUACAUGUAAUGUCUUCUAAGUAGCCAAACAUAUUACAUAGCACAAACCCCUCCUCUCCUCCUUUACCACGCUUCUUCUGUGCUUCCCCUCUUUCACUUUUUCUUUCUCUCUCUAAAACUCUCUCUCUCUCUCUCUACCAGUUAGCAUUGCAUCGUCUCUACGCCAUUAAUUUCGACGCACGCGGUUUCAAAACCCAGUCUCUCACUUGAGUAUCGGUGCUAUUCAUAUAGGAGAAGACGAGGGCUCUCUCUCUAGCGUGCGAGUGAGACAGCGAUCCCAGGCUUCCAGCAGCAAUCCACCUUCUCUGGGCUCUCUCUAGGUUGCGAGUGCAACUGCGAUCCCAGACUUCCAGCGGCAAUCCACCUUUAUCUCGAGAUGGCCAUCGAGUUCUCGUUGGAUGAGAUCAAUGGCAUGACUAAUUUUGACCAGAUACUCGGCGGUGGUGGCACCUCAACUGUGUAUAGGGGGAGGAUCCAUACCCCAAAUGCUCAUAAUCUAAAUGAGCAAGAAGUUGCCGUGAAGGUGAUAUCUGAUGAAAACACUGGCAACCGUAGGGCGAUGUGGCAGGCUGAGGUGACUUGGCUACCACUGCUGAUUCAUCCCAAUAUAGUCACCCUGGUUGGAUACUGCGAGGAUCCCGCAAGCAACACAUUUUAUAUUGUUUAUGAGUAUGUGUCCGAACACUCCUUGGAAGAUCGUAGAAGAGGGUUGAACUGGGAGGGGGUGUUGAGGGUUUUAAGAGGUGUAGCAAACGGUUUGCUGCACAUACACAGUUAUCGACCUCAAAUUCUUAUGUAUGGCGAUUUGAAGCCAGAAAACAUUGUCUUGCAGGAGAAUGUUAGGGGUAUGCAUAAAAUGAUGCAGAAAUGUGGAUGUUUGAGAUGGGAGCGCUGCAAGACAUGAAAUGGUGGAAUUAAAAAUGUUCACAUGCAUUAGGUGGUUGAAGUGCGCUUUUUAUAGAAAAGUAUCAAUGCAACGAUUUCAUUCGUUCUUCAAGUUCUGUCUGGGUAUCAUUCUCUCAGAUUACCCUGCAUGAAUCUCUCCUGGUGGAGAAAAGAUUUAGCAACUAAAGUCACUAACAUAGGGGAGAGGGGGCAACCAACGUUGCCUCAAAGCCCUUCCAGGGAACUCAACAGACUACUCUUUUUUUCUUGUCUUUUAUAGUUUUUUAUGGGAAAUCUUCCCCAACAUUUUUUUUCCUAGUUGAUAAUGUUGGGACAUCGUCCCCAACAUUAUCUGCCCUAAGCCUGUAUUCACUGAUUCGGAAUGUGACUCAGACCUCUCUGUGAUUUUCCUUGUUCUCUAGUUCCAUUUACUUGUAAUAUUUUUACUCAUGCAUUUCUUCAUCUGCUAAAGCUCUAAUCAAAACAUUUCUUUUUUGUUUCUUUCAUGAAAA